UGCUAAUGUUAGCUCGGUGCGUGUAGCCAGCUAGUGCUGCUGAUAAACACUGCUUUACAUGGCUUACAUUAAGGGUGCAAUCAUGUGUGUUUGUAUAUAUGUCUGAUAUGUAUUUUUUCGAUAAUAGUAAUAAUGUAGAAUAUUUAUAGAUAAAUCGUUUAAGUUCUUCAGAUAACUAACCUUUUGAAACUGUUUCUCACUGCACAGCCGGAAAUAGUAUUUCGUGUCCAGCUCUCGCGAGAUUACGCCAUGAGCAGGUCCAGUCUGUUCGCGUGUGAGGACCCGGACCGGUGGAGGAGGGUCUACGACCAAUACUGGGACGUGGUGGAGGCCAAGUCCGCAGUGAAAGGAAAAAAGUCUGGAAAACUUCAACCCCUUGAAAAGUGGUAUCAGGAGCAGCUGCCCGCACUCAUCUCCAGCCGGUCUGAGAGAUACGUGACCCAUCCAGAGCUGGUGAAGCUCAUGGAAUGGAAGCUGACUAGGGGGUCCUUCCGGCCGCGGCUGCAGCAGCUGCUGGCGUCCAACGCGGCGGCGGCGGUGGAGCUCUGCUCCCGGAAGGCCUUCUCCCUCCUCCCCGACGUCCGCGCCGCCAUCGCAGAGCUCAGUGCCCUGAAGGCCGUCGGCCCGGCAACCGCCUCCGCGGUGCUGGCGGCCGGGUGCCCGGAGCACGCCGCCUUCAUGUCCGACGAGGGGGUGGGAAGCGUGCCCGGACUCACCCCCAUCCAGUACACCGCCCGGCACUACCACCGCUACCUGGACCGCCUGCUGGAGCGCACCGCCCAGCUCAACCAGGCGGACCCCGAGCGAGACUGGACCCCCCAUCGGGCGGAGCGCUGCCUGUGGGCGUGGGCGGUGGCCGGGCGGCUGCAGCUCCCCCUGCUGGAGGAACAGGGGGGAGGCGGGGAGGGGCGGAGCCCGGAGGCCGACGAGAGACCAACGAAGAAGAGGAGGACCGACUAAAGGCCCCUUCAUCAUCCUGGGUUUAUCCAUACGGGUUUAUGUUUCACCUUUGACCUUUGAAUGCCAGAGAUCUCAUUUCAUUUGACUUAAUAAAUUGUGAAUUGUUUAUAUUGAAGAAAAACCCGGAA